AUGGACGGCGUAGCUGUUGAACAUUAUUCGCGGACACCGCCGAUCCCAUCAACAGAGACCAACAUGGCGACUCUUCCACCUCCACAGCCUAGGGAGCCGUCAGAAAAGAGAGAGCUGCCUCACCACCCAAUGCUGAGCACGGCGGCCCUGUUGAAUCCCAUCAUCGAGAAGACGCCGCCGCCGAUUGUUGAAGAGCCUAAGCCGCUGCAUCCAAACACGCUGCCUCAGAUUCAGUCUCAACCUCCGUCUCAGCCUCAGCCUCAGUCGUAUCAAUCUUAUUCAAACUCACACUCGCACUCGCUGUCACGUUCGCCGGUCGAUAAGGGACCUUCAGCAUCGACGACACCUCCGCGAGAAUCUACCAACGGACCCAUCAUCAACGACAUGCCGAAGUGA